AUGGAAACCCUCGCCUUUCUUGGAGCAACAGGCGGCUGCGCCAACGCCUGCCUGACCUACACCCUUCUCAACGGCUACAACGCUAGAGCUCUAGCGCGCACCCCCUCAAAGCUCACGACAAUGCUCCUCUCACAGCCUGGUAUAACAGAGGAGAUUCUCUUUCGCCAGCUUGAGAUAAUCGAGGGCGACGCAACAGAUGUGGGAAGCAUCACGAAAACACUCAUCACCCACUCCACCCCCAAGGACGCACCCAAUGGCGCUUGUACACUCGUGACAAGCAUAAUUUCUGGCAUAGGCGGCGCACCGACAAUGUGCUUCACCAGGGAAACAAAAUGCGCAAAUACUCAGAUACGCAUACCUGCGCUGCCGCACAUUAAGCUCUCAAACCCGCAUAUCACGGAAGAGACAACACGCGCGCUGCUGGAAUCACUGGCGCAGAUUGCUUCUGAGCGGUUUGCUUCGUUCGAGGCGUAUCAUGCUGUUGCGCCGAUGGUUACUGUGAUAUCAACCACGGGGCACAUGCCUGGCAAUAAAGAUGUGCCGUUCUGGUUCAGGCCUAUGUACUCUAUGCUCUUGCCGAUCCCACAUGCAGAUAAAUUGCAGAUGGAGAUAUUGCUUGACAAAGAGGUUGCGCUGGGGCAUGCUGGGGUGCUUGCAGCUGGGGUUGUUAUUGUGAGGCCCAGCUUUUUAACGGGGGAUCAUCGGGUUUCUGUUUGUGAGGGGGAGAAAGGGGGCGAAGGGGUGAAAUUGGAGAAAGUGAGGGCUGGGCCAGAGAAGGCUCCUGCUAUCGGGUAUACGAUUUCACGCGCUCUGGUUGGUGAGUGGAUUUUUGAGGAGAUUGUUAAAGGGGGAGGGAAAUGGGUUGGGGAGAAGGUUACUAUCACUACUUGA